UUUAGGUUGACUGUUUACAAAUGGUCGCCACAAGCAAGAAUGGUGUCUUUACUCAUUAUGCAGCGCCGCUUUCGAAACCUUUCAAUACAAAAAGUUGCUUUUGCUUUGGUGAUCAUCGUUGUGGCUUUCAAUGAGUUCUUAGUGUACAGCUUCCAAACUUUUAGAUGGACUCGUAUUUCAAAAGACAGAGCCCCCACUGAGGAAAUGGUUGUGCUGUUUGCAUCAGAUCCGCAGCUUAUUGGAGUUCAAGACGAACUGGGCUUCCCUAUUGGGAGUAUCGCCAGAUGGGAUUCUGACAGAUAUCUGCAGAAGACAUUUUCUCGAGCGUAUGCCCACACUCAGCCCGACGUGAUCGUGUUCCUGGGAGACAUCAUGGAUGAGGGCAGCAAGGCCACGGAGGCGGAGUAUCAGUCGUACCUGCAGAGGUUCCACAGUAUAUUUCCUGAGACAAAAAUUACAAAAACUGUGAUCAUCCCAGGAGACAACGACAUCGGUGGAGAGGGACGAGAUUUCAGAACUCCCUUCAAAGUGGACCGGUUUGAGAAGCACUUUGAGAAUCUCACCGGAGUGGUCAAACACGGAUUUAUUGACUUUAUGAAGCUGGACAUUCGCUUGAACGUGGACAAAGUCUUGGAGACAAAGAGGUUGAUAUCAAAUCUGGCACCGAAACUGAAAGAACCGCUGCGCAUCAUCAUAAACCACGAGACAGUCAUGUCCAAGAUGAAAGGAACAAUAUACCCUAUACUGAGAAUGGCUCAACCUAACAUUCUCUUCACCGGUCACUGGCAUGUGUCGGAGAUGUUUGAGUGCGGGACGUGUCUGUCGGAGAACGAGGACAUAGACCACUGGCCGUACAACCUGAGGGGACUCAAGAACAUCAAGGACUUCAUCGAGGUGGACUUGACCAACCUGAUCGGUGUGAACGAGAUACUGGUUCCCACGUGCAGUUACCGCAUGGGGGAGCCGAACAUGGGCUACGGAGUGGCUCACAUAGAGCGGUCGGGGCGUCUGAGGUACACGGUCCUGUGGCUCCCCGCGCGCUACACGCUGCUCUACAUCUACGUGGUGGCGCUGGUCAUCGUGUCCGUACUCCUACUGGUCAGUUUUGUCACGGCGCCGCGCUCCAAGGUCAGGCCACCCUCCUCUUACAGAUGACACUGACUGCAGCUUGGGGCCUGGUUUUUCGUGGGUUUUUUUGUGGUUGUUUUUUUUUAAUCGUUUUAUAAAAGUUGCUGCUGAAUUAUUGUGCGUUGUGAUAUUGAAGAUCUGAAUAUCACUACCGUCAGUUUCUUAUUUGUUCAUUCAUUUUACAAUGUGUUGUAGAAUUUGUUUCAUAUAAUUGUUUACAUAUGAAAUGUCUUCUUGCAAUUUUACUUUCUUUGCUCUGUAAUAUUUCUAUUACCAUUCUUUUUUCCAGCAAGUUUUGAAAGUAAAGCAUGCCAUGUUCGUUUUUUUGUUUUUAUAUUUUAUUUUGGUUGCCAUGAACGAUGCAACUGCAUAUACCCUUUUUAUCCCUUAUGACGAUGGAUUAUGCAUUGUUUAGUGGUUUUGCCUCUCUGUCUAUCUUUAAAGCUUUUCUUUCUUUGCAAUGUUUUUCAGAUCUAGAAAAACCACCAAAGUUGCAAAGAUAUGAUUGUAGUACUCAGGUAGAUAGUUAUCACACAAGCAAUACAUUUAACACUUCCCCGUCACUUUGCACAAUAAUGCGACAGUGAAAAUGAUUCAUUCCGAUCACCUGGCGCAGAAAGGAGAAGUCCGUUGCCGUCACUCUUCUGGCUGGGUGACCAGGUGGGGUAUUUUGUACUGCUGGCUGGGUGACCAGGUGGGGUAUUUUGUACUGCUGGCUGUGUGACUGCAAGGUGUUAAGAAGUACAGAUCCACUCCAGUUUAAGAGAAGAAGGCAAUAUGCUUUUUAUACACCACAAUGUCCGAUUGUAACGGUCAGUGUGUGUACUUGACGUGUAGAUAUUUACACGAACAUUUGUGUGCUUCCGGAACAAGUUGUUUAUUUAUUUAUUGUCAAGUCGUUGCAUCGAAGACUGCCAUCUGUUCAGUGCUGUUAUUCAGCGUGUAUUCUGAAAGUGACUCAUACUUGAUGUGUUGAUAUACGAGCGUAUAUAUAUAUGCACUGGUUCAUUCAUCGUACGUGAAGGGGUCGAUGAUUGAACGAACAGAACAGAGUUAUAAUGACAUAUCAUUUUUCGUUUGUUAGCUUUACUGAUUGGUCCAAGUUCAAAGAUUGAUGAUUUAUAUGGACGGGUAAAGCAGUGGAAAAAUCAAGCAAUAUCCAGCGAUGUUUUAGUUUCCAUGCUUUUUAGUGAGUGGCACAAUGAGAAAGGGGACCGAUUGUAUUUUAUUAACAAUGUAACUUCUUCCUUUGAACCUUUUGGGGUAUGUAGACCCUAAUGUGCAUUUGAAAGAACUGUAAUAGGUUACUUACUUAUCGUCAUUUUAAAUACAGUCGAAAUUGUGCGAGAUGGCCACCCAUUGUCAGGAAGAAAAGUAGUGGUUGUCUUAGACAGGUGGAUGUCUUGGGCAAGAGUCGUUAUCGUUAUAAUGUUCUAAAAAAAAAAUGCAGUGAAGGAGGGAAGUAA